AUGGAUAUCCAAAAAAAUCAAUGUUUAUGUGAAAAAGUAAAAUCCUCCCACAUGCAUUCUCUCCGUGAUUGGACCUGCUUGAAUGAAAUAAAGUAUACGGAUUCAGUAGCUGCUCGGCAAUCCGCCCAGAUGCAGGAAUAUACUUGUGAUGUUAUUCUAAAAGAAAUUCAAGCUCGUACUAAAUGGGCUAUGGAAGAUGUUGAUAAGAAAAUAGAGUUUAGACUAAACGAUAUCAAAUUUUGGAUGGGAGAGCUAACAAAACUUAUUAAAGAUAAUGUUGAAGAAACUAAGGCAUUAGAGGCUUGUAUCGUUCGUCUAAAGAAUGCAUUAGAAGCUACUAAGGAACCACUAUGUCUAGCUAGAAAAUGUAUUGAUAUAAGAGAGUGCCGAAAUGGUAUUGAUUUAGUUGCUGAUAAUGUACACUACGAACUAGCUAAAGAGAUAGAUAUCUUCUGUGGAAUUCAACAGUUGUUGAUUCGCACGAUUGAGCAGGCCGAAGAGCAGCUAAGAUUAAAUCGAAAAUCUGCAUAUAACCUCAGACGGGACUAUGAAAGCAAGGAUACCGCUAAAAAACAGGAGGAACUAGCUAAGGCGAUAUCAGGUUAUGAAAACACCAUAGCACUUGAUAAGUGCUGUCCCCAAGCUAAUUCUAUCAGCCCCAGUGAGUGGGUGAUUUCUGUAAAGAAAAAUCUGCAAGAAGGUGAAAGACAGAUCCACAACUCCCUACAACUGCGCGGUAUCAUAGAAAAUAUUCUUAACCAAAUCUACGAAGAUCAGAUCAAACAGAUUGAAGCAACCAACCGAGCAAUCAGAAAACGAAUAGAUGAGAUUCGAGACGCUAAACACGCAAUUGAAGAAAAUAUCGGCUCGAUAAUGAAGCAGAUACUUGAAAUUGAGGAAAACAUUACUAAACUCAAAGAUGCGAUUUGCAACAUUCUAAAAGUAGCUCAAAUAGUUGAAACUAAGCAGAAUGUUAGAGACUGUCGACCGGUGAAUGAGCGUACUAAAGAUGCACCUUAUUACAGAAUGCUGGAACAAAAGAAUGAUCUGCGAAACGACCUAUCCAUCCUUCAUAAAAAAAUUCACGACUCAGAAGUGGAGUUGAAAUCACUUAGACGAAGACAACUUGAUCUCGAAGAAGAAAUUCAACUAAAAUCAAAAACACUUCAUAUUGAAGAGGUUCAGGUUCAAAGCAUUAGACCAAGUAUCUUGAUCCAAAAAUUCUAA